CACCCCCGUGGACAACAUAAGUUUGUGUGUGCAAUAUUAAUACUUGUGUGCGCUAGUGAGCGCACGAGUCGUGUAAACGCUUCCUAAAAUAUUAUUAUUAAUAUUCGCGAGCCCGCCGUAAACCCAUUACAAUACCGUAACGGAUUCCUGGUAUGACGAACGUUGUAACUACUACCGCAACCGCGGUCGUUGUGAGAUGAACGCCACCGGAUGCCUGACGGCCCUGGGCGACGGCGGCGAAGCAUUCGUCGUGAUCUCGUCCGACGGAGACGACGACGAUGACGACUACGGUGGCCGCAGUCGCCGAGGACGCCACCGCCGCCGGCCCACGGAGCCACAGACCACGUCCCCACGGUGCCCGACCGGCAGGCCACCAACGCCACCACCCGUUCUUCCGAUGGCCACCGCCGAAGCGUACAAGUUGAGAUCUAGACGUAAAGACCGCGGCGCGUUUGUCGUGCUGCCCGAACCACCGGUGGCGUCUUCCACGGCCACAACCACCACAUCGUCCACUGCCGCUGCCACCACACAGGCUCAACCAGUCGGCGGUACUGGUGUCAGCGGCCGCGUUAGCCCAUUCCGUGGCUAUGGUUUCAAAACUCCGGAAAACGGACGGUCGCGGGCGUCCAGCCCGUCGACGUCCGGACGGCUGAGGCGUCAGUCUUCCGAAUCGCGGAUCGUUGACGAUAGUCGUAGGCCACCAACCAUGACGAAAGACAACAAACGGCUGUCGGCGUCCACCAAAGACCUAUCGGCCGUUGGCAAACGGACGACCGGUUCAUCUACUAAACAAUCGUCUGCAGUGAGCGGUGGUACGGGUGGCCGGAAAACCCCAGUGGCGGCGGGAAAGCCACCUGCCGUUCCAACGGCCGGCAGCGCGGCAGCCAUCAAAUCGUCACCACGUAAGAAGUUGCCUCCAACGCCACGCAAACCAGUGCCGCCCAAGUCACCACUGCCGCUUCGGUCACCAAAGACGCCGAGGCGGCAACAACCGUCAACCGACGCUGUGGCAGGCCCCAAACCGACUGUCUCUGCAAGACCGACCGUCGGUCGUCCGCCGAUAAGAUCGUCGCCGCGUUUACCCAAAAAACAGUCAACGGCCGCGGCUACGGCUUUAGCGUCGUCCAAGGCGGAUGCUCCACCGAAAGAUGUUGUCCGCCCACUGCUCGACAAUGGCAUAAAGACGGUUGCGCCAGCAGCCCCUGUGACGACCACGAUAACGACCACGACCACGUCAACAGAAUCGGCGUCGGCAGCGGUAUCGGCAGCGUCCGAUUCUUUGUCGUCGACCACAGCUCCGACUUUAACCACAUCCAUCACAACGACCGCACAGUCCACCAUUCCGAUCACGGCGUCUACCUCGGCCACGGCCAUAGCGACCACACAUGCGACCAACGCUGUCGCUUCGCCCGUCGUCGAUGGUGGGCCGAUUGUCACGGCUGUGCCUCCUCCGGCGGCCAUUGCUGCAAACACCCUGGCCACUUUAUCCGUCAUAGAUCCGUCGGCCACGACUUUGAAACCGCCCCAGAGCGCGAUGAGGUCUCGAGAUCCACCGGCCACCGCCGCCCCUUCACGUCCAGCGGCUACCGUGGUCGCUGUGGACGGUGGUCCACUGAAGGAAGCGGUGACCACGCGACAGUCCGUUGCUGUCACGAUGACGACCACGCCACCGCUGUCAUACGAAUUAGAAGAGAUCGUUGUGGAACCGGAAAUCGAAAACCAGAGUGGACGAACGGCCGUCCGCUUGUCCGUGGACACUGAUGGCAACAAAACGUCGUCCACGGCCAGCAGCAGCAACGGCCACAAGACUGUCGCAUGGGCGAGGCCAUCCGAAAAGAUCAUCGUGCCGGCGGAAGCCCCGCGGUCGGCCGAACCGGCCACCAAAGAUCCGGCCUACAAAAGGUAUGCGCGGAAGCUGUGCGGUGGCGGCAACGACGGCGGCCGUGGUGGACGUCGGCCGACCCUCGGCCACGUAUCUCCACCCACCGUCACCGAUGGCCGUAUGUCGAAGUGCUGGGCGGCGGUGUGGAAAAGGCGGCCGCGGCCGUGCGGCCAGUGUUGUGGCCGGAAACGAUCGGCCUCCGUGAUGGCCUCCACUGCAGAGGCUGCAUCCGGUGGCCGACGACGUCUGCAAUGGUGGCGGAGGUGCGGUGACAAGAUGUGCUGUUGCCGUGGCAAGCGGACGGCGAUAAACAAAAAGAAACUCGCUAUAGCAGCGUCGUCAUCCGACCAUUCGGUCGGUGCCCUCGGCAUCGCUCCGCCGACCAUGGCUGCCGACACGUUGUGCGGCAAGUUGAAAAGGCGAAUGCGUCGCUGCUGCUGCUGCUGUGGUUGGUGUUGCGGCUGGUGUGCCGUUCCCAAGUUUGUCAAGCGGAUUUGCUGCUGUUGCCGCGGCAAGUCCGCCACCCCGAAAAGCAAGUCAGCCGAUUCGCAGAAGCGGUCCCUGUUCAAAUGUACCGGUUGCUGCACAAAUAUACCUAAAUUGGAUGCAGUUUUCGUCGAUCAUUCGUCCGUUAUGAAAGGUGCUAUACCAGUACUACCAGUAACACUGGCAUGGUUGUGUUUAGUGUUCAACGUCAUUAUUCCGGGAGCAGGUAUUAUUUAUUUCAAUGUUAUCGAAUGGUUUCUGGUCGGUAUAAUUAAAACUUAAGAGUACUAUAAGUGUGAAUGUGAGAUGAUACAACAAUAAUUGUUGAAGAUAAAAAUAAUUUGAGUACCUAUAUAAUAAUAUGUAAGAUAUUUUAGAUAGGUUACACCGUGCUAAUAAAAUUAAAUUGUGCAAGUGCAUUUUCACCUCCUUAUAUUUUUUGUUAGAAGUGCACAUUAAUCAUCUU